CUCUCUCUGCAGGCUUGGGAACCCUGGGCCGAGGCAUUGCCAUUUCUUUUGCAAGGGUCAAGAUCCCUGUGAUGGCUAUAGAAUCAUACCAAAAGCAGCUCAAAUCUCAGAGAGGGUAACUUCCAUCUUGGAAAAGGAAGCAUCCAAAAUGCAGUAGAAUGGCCAGCCUUGGUCAGGACCAAAAUUCAGGUUCAGUUCAUCUAUGAAGGAGCUUGCUAGAGUAGACUUAUUAUGAAGCAGUAUUUGAGGAUAUGGAGCUGAAGAAACGAGUCUUUGCUGAACUGUCAGCCGUGUGCAAGCCUGAAGCAUUUUUGUGCACCAAUACUUCAGCCUUGGACAUGGAUGAGAUGGCUUCUGCCACCAAUCGACCACACUUGAUCAUUGGCACACACUUCUUCUCACCAGCUCAUGUAAAGAAGUUGUUAGAGAUUAUUCCUAGCCAACACUCUUCCCCCACCACCAUUGCCACUGUUAUGAACUUAGCUAAAAAGAUUAAAAAGAUUGGCGUAGUAGUAGGCAACUGCCAUGGCUUUGUUGGUAAUCGAAUGCUGGUCCCUUAUUUUGACCAGACAUAUUUCUUGUUUGAAGAAAUUAGCAAGCCAGAGGAGGUAGAUCAGGUGCUGGAGGAAUUUGGUUUUAAAAUGGGACCCUUUCAAGGGUCUGACAUUGCUGGGUUGGAUGGGGAUUGGAAAGUUCACCAGGAUCAAGGUCUUACUGGACCCACAUUGCCUGGUACUCCUGUCCGAAAGCGGGGUACUAGAAGAUACUGCCCAAUUCCUGAUAUGCUCUGUGAAUCAGGACGCUAUGGGCAGAAGACAGGGCGGGGGUGGUAUCAGUAUGACAAGCCAUUGGGAAAGGUUCACAAACCUGAUCCCUGGCUUUCCAAAUUUCUGUCACAGUACAGAGAAACCCAUCAUAUUGAACCCCGUGUCAUUAGCCAGGAUGAGAUCCUUGAGCGCUGCUUGUAUGCACUCAUCAAUGAAGGGUUCCGUAUCUUGGGAGAAGGGAUGGCUGCUGGCCCAGAGCACAUUGAUGUCAUCUACUUGAAUGGGUAUGGCUGGCCAAGGCACAGGGGUGGGCCCAUGUUCUAUGCUUCCACAAUUGGGUUGCCCACAGUUCUGGAGAAGUUGCAGAAGUACUACAGGCAGAAUCCUGAUAUUCCCCACCUGGAGCCCAGCGACUACCUAAAAAAGCUGGCUUCCCAGGGAAACCCUCCUCUGAAAGAAUGGCAAAGCUUGGCAGGGCCCCCCAGCAGUAAAUUGUGAUUCAGGCUGUGCCUCCCAUGCUGGCAUCGGGUAAAUGCUACUAAAUUUCAGUGAAAUUGGAUUUUUAAAAUCCCGAAUAAGAUUACUCUGAAAUGCAAAGCAAAGGAAAUAAUCGGUUAGUUAAACCUUGUCUUUGGGUCUUUUGCUUGUUCAUUCUACUGGAGGAAAUCUUUAGGAAUAUGCUUUGUAUGCCUCUGAAUGUAUUCCUUUCAAAUAAAUCCCAUGAAUGAAGUAUGUUAAUAUAAUACCACAAUAGCUGAUGAGGGAGCCUUAGGAAUAUGUUGAGGUUCCCAAGUGCUUUGAUUGUUGGAGAAAUUUGUCAACAGUUAAUAAAUAACAAUUACAGUGAGUCAAAUUCAUUUUGACCCUUUAGCCUCAUAUACUUAGUAUUGAUGGCAAAUCCCAUGGGUCAUCCUUGCACACACAGUCACUGAGCACCUCCUGAGUAGGUGGCAGACCUAGAGCCCAGAGGGUGUUAUAGCAGCAUGGGAGCCUGUGUUGAAAUUGGG